UGGUCAAAAUAUAGCCCUUGUAAAUCAUAAGACAGUUCAUAGUGGAGAGAAACCUUACAAGUGUAAUGAGUGUGGGAAGACCUUCAGUUACAUGUCAUCCCUUACAUGCCAUCUUAGGCUUCAUACUGGAGAGACACCAUACAAGUGUAAUGAGUGUGGCAAGUUUUUUGGUCGAAAUACAGCCCUUGUAAAUCAUAAGACAGUUCAUACUGGAGAGAAACCUUACAAGUGUAAUGAGUGUGGAAAGGCCUUCAGUCAGACAUCAUCCCUUAUACGCCAUCAUAGACUUCAUACUGGAGAGACACCUUACAAGUGUAAUGAGUGUGGCAAGUUUUUUGUUCGAAAUACAGCCCUUGUAAAUCAUAAGACAGUUCAUACUGGAGAGAAACCUUACAAGUGUAAUGAGUGUGGCAAGGCCUUCAGUCAGACAUCAUCCCUUAUACGCCAUCGUAGACUUCAUACUGGAGAGAAACCUUACAAGUGUAAUGAGUGUGGGAAAACCUUCAGUUACGUGUCAUCCCUUACAUGCCAUCGUAGACUUCAUACUGGAGAGACACCGUACAAGUGUAAUGAGUGUGGCAGGUUGUUUGGUCAAAAAAGAGCCCUUGUAAAUCACAGGACACUUCAUAGUGGAGAGAAACCUUACAAGUGUAAUGAGUGUGGCAAGGCCUUCAGUCAGACAUCAUCCCUUAUACGCCAUCGUAGACUUCAUACUGGAGAGAAACCUUACAAAUGUUAUGAUUGUGGCAAGGUCUUCUGUCAAGCUUCAUCUUAGGGAAAACAGGAGAAUUCAUAUAGGAGAGAAACCUCACAACUGUUAGGACUGUGGCAAAGCCUUUACGUUCACACCUCAUUAGACAUCAGAGAAUCCACACUGGGCAGAAAUCUUAAAAUUUGGUAAGUGUGGCAAGCUCUUCAGUCCCAGGUCACUUCCUGCAGAACGUUGGAAAAUUCACUUUUGAGAUAAUUGUUCCAAAUGCAAUGAGUCCAGCAAACCAUGAAGCAUUAAUUGACAUUAGAGUCAAUUCAGCAUUGACAUGAGUUUGUGAGAUAGGCUCAAAAACAGAAGCCUAAGCACUGCCAUCUUAUAGAG